AUGAGUAAAUUACGUAAACGAUGCGCGAAAGUGUGCAAGAAGUGGGAAGUGUGCGUAGACGGCGGCCCCGACAACGAGCGCUGGCUGGAAUGGAGCGCGCGACGGGCUGAUGCGCGGGUGGCGAUUGCGAGAGAGGCAAAGGGCGCGGGGGAAGGGCAAGGGGCGAACUUGGAGCGUUCGAGGGGCCCGCGGGGGCGACGAGGGGCACGCGGGGGUGCAGGUGCACCUGGGCGGCGGCCGGCGCCCAGCGACCCACGUGCCCGGGCCGGCUCAGCCUCGGCGCCCGCAGUCGCAAGUAAGCCCGCGCCGCAGACAGACGUGCCGCCGAACGCGCCCCCCUCAGCGACAGGUGGCGCGGCCGCCCGCCUGCGCGAUUCGCCCCUCCGUCUCCCAGCACGCCCGGCUCCGGGA